AUGGCCCCGCUUACAAAGGAGGAGCUCUGGUCUACAGGCCAAGAUGAGGACGUCGAGGUCAAUCAGAGAGCUUUGAUCGACAAGAUCCUUGCCAGAUACUCAGGCGAACAUACCAUCUUUAGGGAGCUUCUACAGAACUCGGACGAUGCGGGAGCUCAACACGUACAAGUAAAGUUCUACUCUCAAGAGGGAUCAGACGCCUUGAAAAAUGGUGAAAUGUCUUCGAAACUACCGAAUGCAAAGAGUGACUUGAUGAGUAGUUAUGUCGUAUCCAAUGAUGGCAUUCCUUUCCGGGAUGAAGAUUGGAAAAGAUUGAAAAAGAUUGCUGAAGGAAACCCUGAUGAGGAAAAGAUUGGAGCAUUCGGAGUAGGGUUUUAUUCUCUCUUCAGUGUCUGUGAUGGCCCCUUUGUUGAGUCGGGCGAUAAAUGGAUGGCUUUCUAUUGGAAAGACGGCAAAGACCAGUUGCUCGCCCGGUCCGGCAAACUCCCUGCCCCUCCUUCUUCCGAACCAUCUCUUUCAGGCAACUCGUGGACAAACUUUACUAUGACGCUCCGCGAACCUUCCCUCCUAGAGGGGCCUCUUGACCUCGCGAGAUUCUUCGUGACAAGCAUUACGUUCAUGAGGACGGUCAAGAAGAUUGACAUACUGGUUGACGGCGUCAAAGUGUUCGAAGUUCAAAAGAACAUCAAGUCUGCCAACAGAGUAGAUAAGAAGGGACUGAAUACCACCAGCUCAGGAGGGAUGAUGACGGUACAGAACGUCGAUUCAACAGGGAUGACUAUCAGUGUCAAAAUCAUGAAAUGGCUUGCUGAUACUGGCUUUACCCCGCCGCCUUUGUCUAACCCCUUUACUCAAAUAGCUAAACCUGCACGAGGCCUAGCAUCUAUGAUUUCCACCUCAUUCUUCGGCCGCUACACCGCCGCUUCUCCAACACCCCCUUCUCCCGCUCCACCACCCCCUCCAGCCGAGGAACCAACAAAAUCUACUACUCUUCUGCGCGAUAUCCAGAUUUUCCAAGCCAACAUCAAAGUUAGCGUUUCACCUGUUUUCGGGCGCGAGCUUGAGAGAGCGACAAAGAAACCUGCACCAGGCAAGAUGACGGCUAGUAUCGUGUACUCUCGGGACGAAGAUAAUGACACCAAGGUAGAAGAUGGGGGAGAUCCGAGCGCGGAUGACGCCGGGGUUUUCAGCGGUCUCUGCCCGAAGCUGGGAAGCAGCAGCUCUGCCCGAGUGUUUAUUGGCCAGCCGACUGGCCAAACCACGGGCAUUGGUGGUCAUUUGGCUGCCCGAUUCAUCCCCACUGUCGAGCGAGAAUCGAUCGACCUUGUUGAUCGACAUGUGUCUCAUUGGAAUCGUCAGCUCCUCUGGGUGGGCGGAUACCUCUGUCGGCUCAUCUAUGAGCUUGAGAUGCACGCUCUAGCCACAGCGUGGGCCAAGACCACCGACACUGAUGGUCCUUCUCGCGCCAAGCUGUCCGCACAGGCUCUUCACACUAUCAAAUUUUUCACCUUCGACAAUACCACUCCUGCUGCGGCUGUCGGGCAAGAGAUGGAGGCAGCAUUUUACAAUUGUGCGCAGAAUAAUCAUACCUUGCCUAUCCUUUCGUCGGACGGCAUCUUUCCUGUCAAAGAGGUGCGGAUGCCGAAUGAGCCAAUUGCCAAAUUUCUGUCCGAACUGCCUGUCAUUACACAAUCCAUGCUCGAACAAGCUAGCAGCUUCAUCCGCCGCCUUCAAGCACAGAAGCUGCUUUUUGACAUCACAUACGAUGAUGUAGUCAAUCAGCUCGGCAAACGGCCGCUGACUGAGAAGGAGUUGAUGGAAUGUCUCAAGUGGUGGCAAGAUCUGGCGUCGAAUGAUAAUUUCAACGUCUCUCUUCGAUCGCGUCUGUUAGAUGCUGCUAUCGUCAUGCUCGACAAUGGUAAAGUCCUACCGUUGUCCUUGGUGGAGACUUUCAUCCGCCCCCACUCUGGUACGAUACCACCUGACAUGCCCAUCCCUCAGCAUACAAUUCCAUACGGUAUCACCAAAGACCUCCGAGCCAACUCAAUUCACAAGGUUUUCGGCUGGACAGAACUCAAUCUCUUGCAGUAUGUCAAUUUCCUUUUGAACCCCCCCAUGUCGGCACAUCAGGGAAGUGAUCCGGCUACCGACUUGAGGAUUUCACCAGAGUUUGCAGAGCGCGUCCUUGGUAUGAUAAGUCGCGCUUGGACGAACCUUCCCAGCAAUAUCCAAUCCGGUAUUGCCCUGGAGCUCAAGGAUGUUCCUUGCAUACCCACCAAAGCGGGGUUCAAACUCCCCCGCGAGGCCUAUUUCGAAAAAAACCUACUCUUCGAAGAUCUUCCUAUCAUAUCUCUCCCCAAGAACACCGCUAUCAAAGGCAAUAUGGAGAAGAUGCUGCUUGCAAUCGGAGUGAGAAAGACGGUGGAUCUGCAGCUGGUAUUCUCGAGGUUAAUCGGGGGCGGGACCUGGGGAUGCCUGGACUUGAUGAAAUAUUUGGUAUCGGUAAAGGACACCUUGUCGGAUGAAGAGAUCAAGAGGUUGAGACAGACAGCUGCCUUCCCUCUCCAGCGAGAACGCCUACCGUCGAAAGAAGGCGAAGAGUCUGCACCCCCUGCUCUUGUUAGACAGAAGCCAUGGCAACUGUAUGAGCCAAUCGAUGCUUUCAAAGAGAUGGGUCUGCCCCUGUUGGAUUGGGGACACGCAAAAUGGAGUGGCUCAUCACCAGCCAAGAUCAAACCCAGCUGA